UCUUGUCUUGUCUUGCAUCAGGCGUUCUUUCUCUCAUUCCUGCACAUUAACCCUCCCGCUCCUUACCAAGCACAUUGGCUUCAAGCUAAAUACAUUCUUUUUUUUGUGGGCUCUUUUGCAAGUGCUGAAGUGACAAGGAGCUACUUCGGACGAAAUGUUUAUUACGAAUAUCCUCACCCUAGCGACAGCUUUCUCUGCUGCUGUCCUAGCGGUUUCCCCCCACGAUGUGCCGCCUCAGCGCCGCCACCUUGAUGUUAUAUCUCGUCAGAGAGGUGAUCUAGCGAGGAGAGAUGUUCAUAGCAAUGUGAGGGCCACUUGGUACCCCGCUGGAUUGACGGCUUGCGGAGUCGUAACAAAGACGAACGACUUCAUUGUCGCCAUAAGCCGCGAUCUUUUUGGGGGACAACCUGGUCGAUACUGUUUUGACUCUAUCACGAUCACAUGCAACGGGAAAACCGCUCAAGCUACUGUUAUGGACUUGUGUGAAGUUUGUCCAUACUGGGGAUUGGAUAUGAGUCCUGGACUCUUUAAACACUUCUCGGAUCUUGGCUCUGGCGUGCUAUCUGUAGAUUGGAAGUUCGACAAUCAGGGUCCUCAAAGUAGCGAUCCAGCAACUACCACCCGAAAGAACGUUGUCCAUACCACAACUCAGCGCACCACCUCUACGCAUUAUGCUUCGCCUCAUACGACCACCCAACCCUCUACAUCAACCCGUCAUACUACGUCGACGCGAAAGACUUCAUCGACGUCCAAGACAUCUCAUACUCUGACGUCCAAAACAUCUACGAUUGUUUCGACGACAACAUCAAGCGCACCUGCAUCCACUUCAACUGCACCCACAUUCAGUCCGAUUGGGAACAUCGAAGCUCUCAAUACAUUAGUGCUAGGCUAUGGCAACCUGGUUGCCUUCGCCGCUGGCCUUUAACGAGAUAAUCCAGCUGGAAUCACUGCGUUCGCCAUUUGUCAUUGUUAACGUUGUUUGUAAACUUGUAACUCGCGGUCUCUGUUUUAUUUUCUGUGUCUGCGGAGCUUGUUCCCAAUCUAUCGUUAUUCCC